AUGGCGUUGUGUAUGUCUAAAUGUUGUUUUCUUCUUCUUCUGAUUAUUAGCUACUGUUUACUUCAAUGGUGUAAUACUGUUACCUGUGAUUGUGUUGCUCCGGAGGAACCAAUCAAAUGCUCUUCCGGCAACUCCAACUGCAUCGUCACCAACUCUCAGGGGUCCUUCCCGGACAGAAGCAUCUGUCGUGCAGCUGAUGCUGUCUAUCCUACCACCGAAGCGGAACUCAUAUCUGCUGUUUCUGCUGCAACAAUCACCAAAAGAAAGAUGAAGGUAGCAACCAGAUACAGUCACAGUGUUCCCAAGUUGGUGUGCCCUGACGGAGAAGACAGCCUAAUCAUAAGCACAAAAAAACUAAGCGAAGUAAUCAAAGUGGACAAGGAUGCUAAAACCAUUACAGUGCAAAGCGGCGUGACACUAAAGCAGCUGAUAAAGGAGGCAGCCAAGGCCAAGCUAGUGUUACCCCAUACGCCGUACUGGUGGGGUCUCACUGUUGGAGGAAUGCUUGGAACAGGUGCUCAUGGAAGCUCAUGGUGGCUGAAAGGAAGUGCUGUUCAUGACUAUGUUGUGGACCUUAGAAUCAUUAGUCCAGGGGAGUCUAAAGAUGGCUAUUACAAGAAUAGGACGCUCAAGGAAGGUGAUGCUGAUCUUGAUGCAGCUAAAGUCUCACUUGGAGUUCUUGGAGUCAUUUCUCAGGUAACGUUCAAAUUAGAGUCUAUGUUCAAGAGAUCAAUCACUUUUGAGGCAAUGGAUGAUGACAAUGGAUUAGGGGAGGAAGCCUUAAAUUUUGGGAAAAAACAUGAAUUUGGGGACAUAACAUGGUACCCAAGCCAACACCAAGUAAUAUAUCGGAUUGAUGACAGAGUUCCCUCUACCACUCCUGGCAAUGGUGUCAAUAACUACUUCCCCUUCCGUUCAACUGCAGCAUCGGUUUUGGUAGCUAACAGAAAAAUAGAGGAGUUGGCAGAAGCAAUCAACUAUGCUGAUUUAAAAUGCUUCGGCGGAAAUGCAAUAACAGCCGCAUUGGAAGCCAUUGCAUUUGGACUCACCAACAAUGGUAAUUUCUUUACGGGCUACCCUGUAAUUGGCUAUCAAAAUCAACUUCAAUCAGCAGGAGGAUGCCUUACUCCAGGGUCUUGUUUACUUCAAUCAUACUGCCCAUGGGAUCCAAGAACAAAUGGUCAAUACUUUUUCAUUAAUGGGUUUAGUAUAGGAAUCUCCAAAGUGAAGAACUUCAUUCAAGAUAUACAAAAACUAGUUGAACUAGAGCCAAAAUCAUUGUGCGGAGUAGAACUAUACAAUGGCAUCCUAAUGAGGUAUGUUAGCGCCUCUACAGCCUAUCUCGGAAAGGAUGAAGAUGGAAUAGACUUUGACAUUGUUUAUUACCGAAGCAAAGAUCCAUUGGCUCCUAGGAUGUUCGAGGACAUACUCGAGGAAAUAGAACAAAUGGCCGUGUUCAAGUACAAUGGUAUGCCUCAUUGGGGGAAGAAUCGAAAUAUAGCCUUUGAGGGGGCAAUGAAGAAGUAUAAGGAUGGUGAAAAGUUCUUAGAUGUGAAGAAGAGGUAUGAUCCCUUAAGUUUGUUUUCAAAUGAAUGGACAGACCAAAUAUUGGGGCUUAAAGAAGGAUUGAGUAUUUACAAAGAAGGAUGUGCACUUGAAGGGCUUUGCAUAUGUUCUGAGGAUAUUCAUUGUGCCCCUAACAAGGGGUAUUUGUGUAGACAAGGAAGGGUCUAUAAAGAAGCUAAGGUUUGCAGAAAAAUGAAAUCAACUCAAGAGAUUUAAAUGUAGUGAAUUUCUUGUCAAGUUUCUAUGUAAUACAACUUACUACACUAUGGA